AAAAGAGGAAGCUUUACAUUUUGUGAAAUGAGAACAUUUAUGACGAACUAAUAGGUUAUUUAAUKUAAUAAAUUGCAAGAAACGGCGUUCAAUCUACACAGUAAUUAAAAGGUAACUGUUUUAGUUACCUAUGCAAAACGUUUGACUUAAACUAGCGCCGCUAAGGUUGUUAGCUUGGCUAACUAUAAACUUUGAAAAGAACAAGACAUCGCUUCGAAAAAGGUUUUAUGUAUGAGACACGCUGRUUCUUAUAAGAACAUCKCGUAGGUCGUACUUCGGAUAAGAAGAUACCUAGACUUUUAAUGAAAAUGCUAUCCAGUCAUCUUGAUGAAUGGAUCAUAUCUGCAUUAUUUUUGUUCCAGGUAUGAAUAGAAAACGGGCUCUGGUUUCCGACGCUUUCAAACCGAAGAAAAGAAGAAAUGGCCCAGAAAAGUUUGGGGCUAGUGACGAAGGUGGUGAACCAGCUGACAUGAAAUCCACCUUGGAGAACCUCAUGACUCUAUUUCCCAGGAAGCUGUUUAACGACACAGUGCCUCCUAUUGUACUGAAGCAUCAGUUGUACAGUGUACACAGUGACAAGACCCUGGUGGAUAAGGAAGUGAAUAAACUCCAGGAGAGCGGGGAGCUGCUGAUGUUCCAGCUCGGGUUUGACUCUGAGGCAUUCGGGCUGGUGUUUGCAUCAGACUACAAGACCAAAGUACUGGCCGGCGAAGAGGGGAAAGCAACRCAAGCAACCGUUGAAAAGUUCCUGGAGAAAGUGGUGUCCUCCUGCACCGAUCUGAGCUUCAGCAAAGACAAGAUGCUGAGAGAGUUUCUCUUCACAGACUCUGAGAUAACGCAGCUGGUGAAGUCAGGGGUUCUGACUGUGAGGGAUGCUGGCAGCUGGUGGCUUUCCAUUCCCAAUUCUGGCAAAUUCACAAAGUAUUUUAUUCAAGGACGUAAAGCAGUGCUUGGCAUGGUGAAGAAGUCCAAAUACAACGAAGUGUUGCGAGUCAAUCUAGAGGAGCGGCGAACAACCUCACACGUGAAAUUUCCUAUGAAAUAUCACGUCCAUGACAUUGUUGGGGCAGAAUUGGUAGAAAGCAUACCUACGACUUCGGGGACUUUGUUACGAUUUGCAGAUUCCUGAGCUGCUACUGAGCAGCUGGAGAGUUUCUGAACAGGAGAUACGUGAAAAACACCCAAAGGCUGAAACCUUUGGGAUGCCACUAAGUAAAUAAACUUUUUUCACUUUAAGAUGUAAAGUUUUGGCCACGUGUAUCGUCAACCCAGUGUUGGYUAAUGAAUUGUACAUUUUAUUGACAUGAGAUUGUUAAAUGUUGGAUUAUCUUGUAAUAAAAAAGUUACUGUAG